GAGGGCGAGGGGGAGGGGAGCAGAGCUCGCUUCUGCGGGAGGACCCCAGGAGGCUCCCCGGGCGGGGCCGCGGCCCGUGCGAAGCCCCGAGCCCGGUGGUGGCACAGCUCGCGGGCACCUGCCGCCCGAGAGACGAGGGAGGGGGCAGGAAGCGAGGUUCAAAGUCACUCGGCCGGAUCAGCCCAUCUCUGGAGUUAGGACUACAAAGAAAACCUGAUGCAACCUCUUCAGAUUGUCCCCUGUCGAUUACUCCCCUGGCUGUAUAGUGGACUGAAGUCUCCAGUCUCCACCAGAACCCGGAUUUGCCCGACGAUGGCUCGACCAAGUUCAAGUAUGGCUGAUUUUCGGAAGUUCUUUGCAAAAGCAAAGCACAUAGUCAUCAUUUCGGGGGCUGGUGUUAGUGCUGAGAGUGGGGUUCCGACCUUCAGAGGAGCUGGGGGCUAUUGGAGAACAUGGCAAGCUCAGGACCUGGCCACCCCUCAGGCCUUUGCGCGAAACCCAUCCCUGGUGUGGGAGUUCUACCACUACCGGCGGGAGGUGAUGCUGAGCAAGGAACCGAACCCCGGGCACCUCGCCAUCGCUGAAUGUGAGGCCCGGCUGCGUGGGCAGGGCCGCCGGCUUGUGGUCAUCACUCAAAACAUCGAUGAGCUGCACCGCAAGGCUGGCACCAAGAACCUUCUGGAAAUCCACGGUAGCUUAUUUAAAACCCGAUGUACCUCUUGUGGAGUUGUGGUGGAGAAUUACAAGAGUCCCAUUUGUCCAGCUUUACUGGGAAAAGGGGCUCCAGAACCUGAAGCUCAGGAUGCCAGGAUCCCAGUGGAGAAACUUCCCCGGUGUGAAGAGGCGGGGUGCGAGGGCCUGCUGCGACCCCACGUGGUGUGGUUUGGCGAAAACCUGGAUCCUGCCAUUCUGGAGGAGGUUGACAGAGAGCUGACCCUCUGUGACUUAUGUCUAGUGGUGGGAACUUCCUCCGUGGUUUAUCCUGCUGCCAUGUUUGCCCCCCAGGUGUCUGCCCGCGGAGUGCCAGUGGCCGAAUUCAACAUGGAAACCACCCCAGCCACGAACAGAUUCAGGUUUCACUUCCAGGGGCCUUGCGGUACCACUCUUCCCGAAGCCCUUGCUCCUCAUGAAACUGAAAACGUGUCUUAAUUGUCCCGGGGAAAGAAGAAAUUGUGGCACAUCUAAGUACCGGGCCACAAACAGAGGCGAAACAAUCAUGGGGACGGUGAGCUAAAUGUUAGAAAAUCUAGAAAUAACCUCCGAUACCCUGGCUGGAAUCCCACCUGAUGAUAAGUGAUGGCAGUUUAGAAGGAACAAUCGCAAACGUGGUUAGAGGGAGAAGUCAAUGAACAGUGGAGUUGAUGCAAUGUUAUUUUGUGUGAACUUAAACACAGGAUAUCUCUGAUGUGUUUGGUUGGUUAUUGGAAGGGGAUAUUUUUGUGAUUAGAUUUUCUUUUAAAGAAGCAGUUGUGCUGAUUUUAUUGUUGCUAUCUGGGCAAAGAUAGGAGUAGAGGGGUCAGACCUUGGUAUUUCUAAUUUUUGUCAAGUUUUGGUGGAAAAUAAACUCACUCUCUACGGUAGGUGAUUUAUUGUAUAAAGAUGCUACCCCAAGAGA